GCUGACUACGCAUUUAGUAUGUCGAUAAACAAAUCAAGUGGUUUUGUGUAAAUUAAAUAUAGUGGAUAUAAUGUCAAAAGUAAUAGAAAUUUCCGACUCCGAUGACGAGGCUGACCGAGUGCCAAAAAGCAGUGAAGUAGCAGAUCUGCAGCCUUUGCAUAUGCCAUCUACAGUGGCAAAGUUUUCGGCAAAAAAUGCAGUGCCUGCGGUGGUUUCUUCGGGCAGUAUGUCCCCACCACUAGUUAUUUCAGAUGUCACUUCUAUCAAUGUAUCACCACUUUCUGCAAUUGCUAGUGUGCAUAGAAGCCCAACUGGAAAUAAUGGUUUGGUAAUAGCUGCAGCUGGAACCUCAAGUGGUGCAAUCAUACCACAAAAUAAACGAAGUCGGCGCAAGAGUAUGCAUCAUCCGCUGUGUGUAAGUCCGGAAAUAGAAUUCGAAACGAUAGCUUUAGAUGAUGACGAAGACAAUACGUCAACCAAAUCGAAAAACAAUACAAACGUUAACUCUGAUGGUGUACAACAAAAUAAGUCACCAAAAUCACACAAAACCACACCGAAAAUUCUAAAUAUUAAAUCAGCGACCGCCAAUCUCGGCAAACAAUUAUCCGAUGCAUGCACUGAACUCCUUAUAUCAGAUGAAACCACUGCUUUGUUGCACCAAAUAGCUGAGGAUCGAGUUCGCAUAAAUUUUCUUCUCGCCUCCUAUAAUAUGCCAGAGAUACAGUUUUCUUUGGAGACAAAACCUGAAGUUUUGCAAUUUCAGUUAGAAGAGCGUAUAAAGCAUAGAAGAAGGCGUUCACUGGAGGCAUCGAACGUCCAAAAAAAACGGAGGACUUUGCUGCAAACCAACAAUGCACGCACAGGCAGUUAGAUUCACAGCAUACUGUGCUUAGAUUAUUGAAGAUCAUUUGUCUGUUUUGAAUACAUACUCGUAUACUCCUUUAUUUUAUGACAUUUUGCAAGCAGCUAAAAUGUCUAUAAUGCUUAUAAUUUGAAAAUAUAUUUACUCAAUUUACUGUUUAGUA